UUAGCAUUUCUGAAUAUCAAAAAGAAAGAACAAGAACUGCAAAUGCUGUGAUGAGCUUUGAGAGGGAAGAUUUUGGUCUUUUAGGGCCCUUACACCUAAAUAGUAUAGACUGGGCAAAUUCAAAUCAUCGAAGGUCUAUAGCAGCUAGUUUGGUUCAGGGCACCUAUAUUUUGGAACGAGAUCGCCAAGAAAAACGUCAAGGCUCUCAAGCACUAGCUCCUCCAUGGUGGGAAUUCUUCCAUUUUAAGUUGAUUCGUCAGCUUGUUGAUGAUGCUGAUUCGUGCGUCUUUGGUGCCAUUUAUGAGUAUGCACCACCUUCAUCUCAUUGUAAUGACUCAAUUGAUCGGAGCCCCCGCUAUGUGAUUGCCUUUCGAGGUACCAUAAAUAAACCGGACUCCUUCUCAAGAGACUUUUCAUUGGAUAUCCACAUCAUACGAAAUGGACUUCACCAAACUUCUCGCUUCGAGAUUGCCAUGAAAGCUGUUCGAAACAUGGUUGCUAUGGUCGGUGAUUCAAGUGUCUGGCUAGCCGGCCAUUCCCUCGGGGCAGCAAUGGCAAUGCUGGCAGGAAAGACUAUCGCUAAAACAGGCAACUUUUUGGAAGCUUUCCUCUUCAAUCCUCCAUUUUUAUCUGCCCCAAUUGAGAGAAUCAAUUAUGGGAAUGUGAAACAUGGACUGCGGUUCGCAAGCAGUUUCAUCACAGCAGGACUUGUUCUUGCCACAAAGGGUAAUAGUCAAACGAGUCAGUCUGAAGAUCCAUUCUUUAUUUUGUCUGCAUGGACCCCAUGUCUAUUUGUAAACCCCACAGACCACUUAUGCUCUGAAUACAUUGGUUAUUUUGAGCAUAGGAAAAAGAUGGAAGAGAUCGGGUAUGGGGCCAUUGAGAGGUUAGCAACCCAGAAUUCAUUAGGAGAUCUAUUUAUGAGUGUCGUGAGGAGGAGUGCCGAAGCUGCAGAGCCACUGCAUUUACUUCCUUCAGCAUAUUUGACAGUGAAUCUUACUCCAUCCGAAGAUUUCAAGCAAGCCCAUGGGAUACAACAAUGGUGGAGACCUGAUCUGCACUUGAAGUGCAAUCUUUACAAGUAUAAAUAGUUUGUCCCUGUCUAGCUUUUGCUUGUAUAUGUAAUUAUGUACCACUAGUCAAUCCUUGUAGUGGUUCAUGUUGCUGUGGGUUAGGGAAAACAGAGAUAUAUGUAUUGUUUUCCAUGUGAGACUCUCAAACUGAUAGAUUCCAGUCCAUUUUCUUGUCAAUAAGUAUAGAAUAUGGUUCCUUUUUGGAUAGUAAAA